AUGGACGCGCUGAACAUGGAGUUCGAAGACAACACCUUCGACAUGGUUUGGGCCUGCGAGUCGGGUGAGCACAUGCCAGACAAGAAGAGGUACGUCGAGGAGAUGUCUCGUGUUCUUGCGCCAAAGGGCAACAUGGUGGUGGCCACAUGGUGUGAGAGGGAUCCGGUUCCCAUGUUCACGGCCGAAGAGAGGAAGACCCUGAACUUCCUCUACGCGGAGUGGACGCACCCGUACUUCAUCUCCCUCAACAAGUACAAGGAGUAUAUGGAGGGAACAGAGCUGCUGGAGCAGGUGGACACAGCAGAUUGGACAGAGCAGACGCUGCCAGCGUGGCGCCACUCCGUGUGGGUCGGGGUCUGGUCGCCAUGGUACUGGCUGAAGGUGACUUUCAGGAAGGGCCCUGGUGCCUUCGUGGGAUUCCUGCGCGAGGUCUACACCUUGGAGAAGUUCCACAAGUCGAUGGUGAGUGGUCUCAUGGUCUACGGCAUGAUGCGCGCCGUCAAGAAGUAG